UAGUUCCCUCCUCUGCAGGCUUCUCCUUGGUCUACGAUAUUGCAUCGAUCAGCUGUGCUGCAAUUACAGCUGCGCAAAGACGUCCAGCCGACAGGGAAAAUACAUUUAGUUGAAAUACGGGGCUGCAGAAGCGAAAAUGUCUCAUCAGGCAGAGUUUGACAAGAUGGCAGAGGAUGUGAAAAAGGUGAAGACGAAGCCUACGGACCAGGAGCUGCUGGACCUGUAUGGCCUUUAUAAGCAGGCAGUCGUCGGAGACAUUAACACUGAUAGACCAGGAAUGAUGGACUUCAAAGGAAAAGCCAAGUGGGACGCCUGGAACUCCAGGAAAGGAAUGUCCAAGGACGAUGCCAUGUCAGCCUACAUUACACUUGCGAAGGAAAUCAUCAGCAAAUAUGGCCUGUAAGGCUUGCAAUAAACUGAGGAGGCCAAAUUAAUGCAAAAAACGACAACAGUCUACUAACUCAUUUACUUAAACAAUGUUGCUGUCUAUGUAACAAGUACCCUUUUGCUUUCAGAGGCCAUAAUUAUGAAGGAUAAAGUGUGAUUUAAUAUUUGCUGUGAUUUCUUUUCAUGGUUUAUCUUUUUUACAUAGAUUUUUCUCAUUAAUUUAUACAACAACUAUGCACCCUUUUAAGGUUAAAAAUAAAUAGAUUUGCAAAUUGCUAUUUUAUCUAAUUAGUUAAUUGUUGUAAUCCACGUGAGUUGACAGCAAUAUACUGUACACUUGAGCACUGAUGUGUAGCUUGGUUCUUAAUCAAAACUGGACUAACUAAAUGCUGUCAAAUGUGAACAGACUGCACACAUUUUGAAAAAUAAAACCUCUUUCUGAACUGUU